AUGGUAAUGGAACAACUGCUGGAAGGUAAAGUGGUCAGCAGUGCAAAUGCAGCUGCCAGAUAUUCCCUACUUGUAGAUGACAUGACAGACAUAACAUCCAAAGAACAGAUGAUAGCAUUUAUACAAGCUUUCUCCAAGGACACUAAUGAGGUUUUUACUGAUUUCCUCUUCAUUGAGGAUGUGCAUGAAAAAGGUGACAGUAUUUCGGCAAAUGCUGCAACACUUUUCAAAGUGAUUUGUGAGAAAUUGGACGAACUUGAACUACCAACUGCCAACCUAGCUGCAUUAGUUACUGAUGGUGCAUCAGUUAUGACAGGGCAGAUAUCUGGUCUGGCCACAAGGUUGAAGGAAGUUAUACCUCACCUAAUUACAUUUCACUGUGUGUGCCACAAACUUGCUCUUUCAUGUGGUGACACAGACGAUUGCAGUGAGUAUAUUUCAGUUGUGACCAAAUAUCUUACAGAACUCUGGAAGCUGUUUACCUAUAGCAAUAAGCGGACGGCUAUCUUUGUGAAAACACAACUUUUCAUACAACAGUUGGAUCUGCAGAAGAAUCAAAAGACGAAGGUGGCAAAGAAGUUGAAGAAGGCAUGCAAGACUCGCUGGCUUUCUACUGAAGAUUCUGUCAGGUCAGCGCUGGAGAAUUACCCUGCCAUCAUUCAAUCAUUGCUUGCUGUCAAGAACGAGAGUCCAACAGCUGCAGGACUACUAGGGUUCAUGAACACUGCCAAAUUCCUUUCCUGCCUGCAUGUUCUGGGAUGUGUACUGCCAAUUCUAGCUGCUGUGAGCAGAACAUUCCAGAAAUCUCAUGUCAUGUUGAGCGAGAUUCAAAGUGUUGUAAAGAAAGCUAAAGAUGACCUGGAGGCUCUUGUAGAGAAUGAUGAAUCUGUGGCAAAGCUUUGUGAGCAUGUAGAAGAUCUGGCAAUUCUUGACUUCUCUGUUAAGGAACAGGACAUUGAGUUCUGCAGCAACUUGCUGAAAAUAUACACUGACAAUCUUCAAGUGAACCUUGACAACCGUUUUGUAGAUGCACCCAUUGUGCAUAGUAUGUACAUGAUAUUUGAUGUCACUGCUGUGCCAAAGGUCAGGCAAGAUUUUUCUCAGUAUGGUGCAGGCCAUAUCCAAGCCAUUGCUGACCAUUUUUACCCUGACGAUGAUGAUACCAAACAAAGACUGGCGGCAGAGUGGAGCUGCUUUAAGUACACAAUGAGGGAAUGGCAGCAAGAUCUUCCUCCAUCAGCCAAACAGAAUCCAAUUAACUGA